UGUGGCCGGCGUUGAGCGCAUAUAGGUAGUCGUGAGAGGAGUCAGUCGGUGACGGGUUGUGUCUUUAGUGGCGUGGUGAACAAUUCAGUCGAGCAGCUUGUGUUAAAAAAUGAGCUGGCAGGAUUACGUUGACAAGCAGCUGGUCGCGUCUAAGUGUGUUAGCAAAGCUGCGAUCGCGGGACACGAUGGCAAUCUUUGGGCAAAGUCUGAAGGCUUCGAAGUAAGUAAAGAGGAGCUGGCGAAAUUGGUCCAGGGCUUCGAAGAUCAGGAUAUUCUGACGUCGUCGGGUGUCACCUUGGCCGGCAACAGGUACAUUUACCUGUCAGGCACGGAUCGAGUGAUAAGGGCAAAGCUCGGCAAGGUCGGCGUCCACUGCAUGAAGACGACGCAAGCGGUAGUUGUUUCUCUCUACGAAGACCCCAUACAGCCACAGCAAGCCGCAUCGGUCGUUGAAAAACUCGGGGACUACCUCGUGUCCUGCGGCUAUUAGUAACCUCUGGGACCCAACAUAAAUAUCUAAUAUUAAUAUUAAACGAUACGAUCGAUUAUUUUAAUGAACAGCGAAUGGAAUGCGUCAUGCCGCACGAGUCGCGCGCCGGAACUGCCGCAAGCUUGCCGCGCGACGUUCGAUGAAAAGCAACAACUACAUCAGCAACAACACCAGCAACACAGCUAUCAUAUUCCAGUCGUCGUUCUCUCCUCUUCGAUUCGACUGGUCGACGUUCGGAGAAUGAACCGCCUGCACGCCUAACCCUCGGGAAGUUGAUACGCAUUUAAUUUGGUAAUCGUAAUUAAAUUGUGCGAACACGGUAUUUUUCGUUGUUCUUCCCACACCGCGACGUGUAGUAGCUCUUCUAUACAUAUUGUAUAUCGAAUUGGAGACAAAGUUCGAAAAAGCUUGAAUGAGAACGAUAUAUAAAUUGGGAAACGCUUUUUUUUUACAAUUGGAUAAUCGAAGGAUAGAGGGCGAAUCAACAAACGAAUCAUCCUUGUUUAGCGAACGUUCGUACGUCGUCGAUUCGUCGAUGGAGAGACAAAAUACACAAGCAUGCAUUAAGUAUAAGAAAUAAUGAUAAUAAAUAAUAGUAAACUAUUGCGUGUUAGGUUUACAGUCUUUUUUGUAGAGAACGAAUAGGAUGCGAGAGAGGGAGAGAAAGGGAUAGAGGACGGGAGAGAAAGAUAGACAGAUAGAAA